AUGCCUCAACCACCAAAUUAUCAGUCGCUAAUGACCGGCCUCCAGCUAUGCCUCGCUCACUACUGUGACCAACACGGCCCGACCCCGCUUAUGGUCACCGAGGGCCUACCCGUCCCAUGCACCACAUGCUUCGACGAUGGCGCUACCGGCUAUGCCGAUCAGGACCAGCUCCGACCCCGGACCAGCGCCCCAACGACCGCUGGAUCUCUGAACCAGACAGUGGCCAUGUCCGAUGCGCUGCGCCAAAUGCACCUCAACGCCCAUCGCAGCUCGUCGCUGCCCGCCUCCGAGAAUGAAGCCCAAGUUCAACGCGCCGCCAUGCUUCGUGCAUCCGCCACCAACUCCCCAGCUUCCCCGUUGUCACCUUCUGCCAUUGAGACCCCACCCGAAAGCCCUCGCCGCAUAUCGGAGCAGCAACCACAGCCACGACGCGACUCGAGUUUCCGGCGAACCUACGACGAAUACGUUACGAAGCGUGCCGGCCCUUGCGAGAAUUGCGCGUUGACACUACCGCAGCGACAGGGCGGCAAGGACAAGACCGAUAUGAAAGCCGAGCGUGGCCCUACCUUGCGCACCCGCGCACCCUACGCGAGAGUAUACGGGCAGGCAUCGCCACCAGCCUCGUCUGCCAGCGAUACCGACGGAGAAAGCCAGCCAGAACGAAUACAUCGAAGAGCAACAGGCUCCUCCACGACACGGUCCAGCACGUCCUCCGGGAGACAUGCGAGCCAUACCCAUUACCUUGAUUAUACCUCGACUCACGAGCCGCUCAUCCCGACUUCCUUCUCCAUCGUGCGAUCUUCGUGCCUGCGUACCCUCUCGCUGGAGACUCUCCCUCGCGCGCCCGCAAAUCCCACACCCAGCGCCUCGCCACAGUCCAGCAAUAUGCCUGCCUUUGUCACGACGCAUAGCGCUGGAGCUGCAGCCUCUGGUGGCCCUAUUUUCUUCGGAGACCCAGUCAAUGGGUACACGACAGCUUACAUCUUUCGCAUCCCAGAUAUGCACGCCCGAGGGCACAAGCGGGUAUAUGCCUUCCUUGCACUAAGCACACACAAGGAGCGGCUCGCCAUGAAAACGUUUGGGUUCAUGGCUGCCGCCUUCCGCGAUCUUGCUUCGUGGAUCCAACAACUGGCAGAAGCCGAGGCAGAGAAAGCGGCCGAGGCUAGCCCUGUGGGAGGCCCGCAACACCACAGCUCUUACCCUACGUUUCCUCACCGGAGGGGCGGGUUCUCGAGACGAAUGGGUGGCGGUCCCGGCGGUGUCUCGCUCAAGGCUCGUGGCCUUGCUGAGCUCGUCGGUAUGCCCGAUUUCUUUAUCGAGCUACACACCAAGUUUGUCAAGCUCAUGCUUGAACUCGGUGUUGUGCUAAGCUCCUGA